CGGUGUUUGGCUGGGCAGCAGCCGCCGCGCAGAUGGCCCGGAGGGCGCAGGGCGAGGCCGGGCCCGGAGUGGGCCCCGCGUGAGGGAGCCGCGGGGCGGGCCGGCCAGGUAGGCAAGGCAGGCAGGCAGGGAGGAAGGAAGAAGCCGGGUCCGCCUCGGCCAUGGAGCACAUCACCACGCCGAAGGUGGAAAACGUCAAGUUACUGGAUCGUUAUACCAACAGGAAGCCAGCAAAUGGGACACUCUACCUGACAGCAACUCAUCUGAUCUAUGUAGAUGCUUCAGCUGAAGUCCGGAAGGAGACAUGGAUCCUCCAUCACCACAUUGCUGCAGUGGACAAGCUGCCCCUCUCUGCCUUGGGAUGCCCACUGCUGAUUCACUGCAAGAACUUCCGGGUGGCUCAUUUUGUCAUUGGGCAGGAGCGGGACUGUCACGAGGUCUACACCUCCUUGCUGAAGCUCUCGCAGCCAGUGAAGCCCGAGGAACUCUAUGCGUUCUCAUACAACCCCAAGAUGCCCAAAGACAACCGGGAAAUGGGCUGGAAGCUGAUCGAUGUCAAAGUGGACUACCAGCGCAUGGGGCUCCCCAAUGACUACUGGGAGGUCACGGAUGCGAACCAAGACUAUGAGGUCUGCAACACCUACUCCCGAGAGCUCGUGGUGCCUAAAGCCGCUACUAAAGCAAUGGUGCUGGGCAGUGCAAAGUUCCGAAGCCGAGGUCGGAUACCCGUGCUCUCCUACUUCUACAAAGAGAAUAAUGCUGCCAUCUGCCGGUGCAGCCAGCCGUUGUCUGGGUUUAGUGCUCGCUGUCUGGAGGAUGAGCAGCUGUUGCAGGCCAUUGGAGACGCCAACCCCGGAAGUCCGUUCAUGUAUGUUGUAGACACAAGGCCAAAGUUGAAUGCCAUGGCCAACCGAGCUGCUGGGAAGGGCUACGAGAACAUCGACAACUAUGACAACAUCCGCUUUAAAUUCAUUGGGAUUGAAAACAUCCAUGUGAUGAGGAGCAGCCUGCAGAAGCUCCUGGAAGUGUGUGAAACGAAAUCUCCUUCCAUGAGCGACUUCCUUACUGGCCUCGAGAAUUCGGGUUGGCUGCGGCACAUUAAAGCUGUCAUGGAUGCCAGCGUCUUCCUUGCCAAGGCAGUGAAAGAGGAAGGAGCCAGUGUCUUGGUGCAUUGCUCAGACGGGUGGGAUCGCACCGCCCAGGUCUGCUCUGUGGCUAGUCUCCUCUUGGAUCCAUUUUAUCGGACGCUUAAAGGAUUCAUGGUCCUGAUAGAAAAGGAGUGGAUUGCGAUGGGCCACAAGUUCUCACACAGGUGUGGCCUCCUCGAGGGCGACCCCAAAGAAGUCUCUCCCGUCUUCACCCAGUUCAUCGAGUGCACCUGGCAGCUCACGCAGCAGUUUCCCUGCGCCUUUGACUUCAACGAGCGGCUCUUGCUGGAGAUCCACGACCACGUCUACUCUUGCCAGUUUGGCAACUUCCUGGGCACCUGCCACAAGGACCGGGAAGACUUGAAGAUUUUUGAGAAGACACAUUCCCUAUGGCCUUUCCUUCUCCAGAAGAAGGAAGAGUUCAGAAAUCCACUCUAUAAGGGAUUCACUGCUUAUAAGGAGCUGCGGCCCAACACACUACCUUUCAGCUUCCAGUUCUGGUGCGGCAUGUAUAACCGGUUCGAUAAAGGGAUGCACCCCAAGCAGUGUGUGUUGGAUCAUCUCCUGGGCUGCAUCAGCCAGAAAUCGGAGCUGGAGGACAUUGCGACCGAGCUGGAGAAUAAGCUUCCCCUCAUAGAUGGGCCCCUUCUGGAUGAGAUUUCCAUCCUCUCCAAAAUUGCGGCUGUUUCUGCUGGCUGUUCCAAAUCGCCGAUGCUCAACACGCCCCAGGACUAUGAAGGGGAGGCCCCUGCCUUGCUGGCCAACGGCACCGUAGCAGGGAGAGAAGGAGACCGGCCGGAUCAGCCGCCCAAGAGCAAAGAAAGCCCUGUGAACCCCCUUGACAUUCCAGAUGGCGGUGACAGUCCUGCCACCAACGGGACCGUCCCGCCUGGAGCGGAAGCCGGAAGCCUCCAGAGCCACUGAACGCACCGGAGCCCUUUGCUGUGAGCCGUGGAAGAGCAGCAAUAAAACGUGCCAGCCCUGUGGGUCCCAGUGCUGGGACAGCCCCCUUACCCAUGUCUGCCUAAGUGUUGUGUGAUGUAUUUUGGAAGGGGGCCUGGCGGGAGCAACCCGGAAGCAGGGCUUGGAGCUGGGCUUUUGGCUACUGCCAGCCAGACAGGGAGCACACUUGCCAAAAUGGCUCCAGAGGCCCCCUUCUUAGUCUCUGCCUACUUCUCUGGUGAAAGCCCGGUGAGUUUCUGCUGCAGUUGACACGCUGCCGCCAUUGCUGCUUUCUGGGGCCAGAAGGAGCUUGUCAGCUGGGGAGGUUUGGGAGGCCGCCUGGGGUUAGAUAGGUGGGGACUGCAGCGGCAUGAGCAGGCCAUGGAGGGGAGCAGAAUUGGGGUUCAAAGAGGAUUGUCUGGACUGGCUUCGGACACCCUGCAUGGGACUUCCAUUCUGUGGCAGCGCCCUCUGCACAUGUUUUGUAAGCAGUUGUGCCUUUUUAAUUUUUUUUAAAGCAGAGAUGGCUGUCAUGUCUGGCUGUUGGCAAUACAAUGUUUUAUUACUGUGAUGUGUGGCUGUAAGGUGCAAGUGUGUGGGUCGUCUUUGGUCGUCAUUGCCCUUUUGGAAGCAAAAAACAACAACUGCUGCUUCUGCUCUCUUGCUGAUAGUUAUCUGGAUAUCCAUGUGAAUCGUCUUGAAUGAUCUCACAGUGCAUCAGUGAACUGGCGAUAGAGACUGUGGUGGUAGGUCUUCAGGCCUUGGCUUCCCAAGAACCAUUGAGCAUUUGUGCUUGGUGAGCAUCUCAUGCAGUGGAGGAGGUCGGGGGGACGACCCUUAUGCCCCCUUUCCUCCACCACCCCCCAGAUAAAAUUACACACGAAACAGAAACCUCAUCAUGCAGAGUCCUGGUUCAGCCAGCGUUCCUCAGUAGUCAGCUAGCACUAGUUUUCAGGCUUUUGUUUUUUAAACCAACUCUACGGAUAAAACGCUGCACUGCUUUGACGUGGAGGAGGGCAUCUGUCUGUCUCCCGAGAAACACACAUUUGGGCUCAGCCUGGCAGGUUUUUAAGCAUGCAAGAUUGACCUCGCUCUGUUUCUGUCGUUUUGACAGCCAGCCUGUUCCUGUUCUAAUAAAAGGUUCUGUUGGGACUGUGUCUCUUGACAUGAUCAGAAACAUUCUGAUCAUCGCCAGUUCACUAGCAGUUUCUGCCACGUCAGCACAUGUCAGUCUUUACUUUUACCAAAAGCCUGUUCACAUCUUAGUUUUCAGAAUAUAAAAAAGGGAAGGCAGUUAAAAAUAAGCCUGAGGUCUUGAUAUUAGGUAUAAAUAGUGUGCAUAUGCACGCACACCUGUUUUUGCUCACUAGUUAUUUUGGGACCAACAGCAUUGAGGCUAGUUCAUAUAUUCAUUGGAAGUUGCACAAGUUGUACUGCUUUCCUAUAAAGACUUUAUCUUCUUUAUUCUUUUGCCACUCUUUAAACGAAAGAAUAUUUUAACAUUUUAAAAAAGGCAUUCCAUAAGACAGCCUGUCUGGUAGACAAGAAAAACCAAACUCUGCAUUCCUAUUUACUGAAUUGUACCAAAUCUUCUAACACCAUUAUGUACCACAGACUUGGCUUUUCCAUGUAAUUUGCAACUUCGAGGUAGAAACGUAUGUUGCCUGACUUGUGUGGAAAACCAUUUGAAUGGAAAACCUCAUUGAUGGCCUUGUCUUGUGAAAUAACUAGUCACAAACUUUACAGCGCUAUAUUUCUUUGGCACUGCAAAAAUAUCUGAAAGCACUUGAAUUUUGGGUUGAUAGAAGUUUCAAGCUCUCCAUUUGGCAGACUUUAUCUACCUACUUACAUAUUUUGAACCAAACGUUGUCCCACUUUGUGCUUCUUGCAAACGUAAAACUACAAUCCCAAACACACCUGCAAUGGAGUAAGGCCCAUGGAGCACGUUGGCCAUCGGGUCUUAUUUGAAACAGCAGGCAUAGGGUUGCAUGCCAACUUUCUUAAAGAAGUUAACCAGCUUGUCUCUUCUGUUCUUUCAGGGACACAUCUUAAGAGGAAAUAAUCUAUUUUAUUACUGGUUCCUUUAGUCUUGCUUUCUAAGCCUUGCUAGACUCUCAUCCAGGUUCGCAGAGCUUUUUCUCUCUCUCUCUAUUUUUUAUCUUUAAUGCGUUUACAUCUUUCGGAAGUGUUUGCCUACGUCGAUUGUAUAUACAAAUGUGAGAUCUUAGAUAGAGAUGCUUAUGGAGUUUCCCUCUGAAUUUGUUCCAGGAUUGUGGUGUUCUAGUUACCUGAUGUUGUUUCUGGUGUGGUCCUGAUGCGUUGAUCUACCGUGUUUCCAUUUUUGGACAAAGCCUGGACAUCAGUCUGCUUUGCAUAUGCAGUGGGCCGCAGCAUUCCAUGGGCAUUUUAUUGUUCUUUACCAGAGCACAUGAGCAUGAAUUAAAUGGCCGUGCGAAGAUGAACUUUGAUAUGGUGGCAUCGAGAUUGUUCAUGCUCUGAUGUACAAAUAGCUGUACAUGUGUGAUCACAUUGAGAUUGGACUUUGCUCAUAUCUUAAUGCUCACCAUGCGCUGGUGUGCAUCCGUCACUUGUAGGGGAGGAAAAAUAAGGCGAGCUGAAAAGUGCAGUAACUCUGAUUCUGAAAUUAAUUUUAGAAAUUCUCCAAGAUAAACCAGAAGACAGGCAGACUAGAGUGGAGCAAUGUGAACCUACAGAGCCAUAACUGAAAGGGAAUGAGCAAAAUCUGCUCACCUAAUUUAAAAGAGACUUAACUUGUAAAAUAUAAUAUUGGGGGCGGUAUUGCCUAAGUCUAAUCGUAGUGAAUGUAUUUCCUGAUGCAUUAUUUCAUGUUUGUUUUUGUGAACAUUGGGGAAUAUAUUCUUUAUGGGAUGUCGUGUAAGGAUCAAAAAUACUUUUUUUUUACUUCAUUAAGGGAUUCUGUUGUGUCUACCUCUCUGAUGUAUUCAUAGGAGAUCAGUUCGUAUUCUGUCUUUUCUCAGGUGAAGCUACUGGGAAGAACCAAUGCUUCCUUAGAACAGGGGGUUCUCAAACUUGGUCCACAGAUGUUGGACUACAACUCCCUUCAUCCCCUGUGGUUGGGGAUGAUGGGAGUUGUAGUCCAGCAUCACCUGGGGUCCCAGAUUUGAGAAUCCGGAAGCAAUUGGUUUAUUAAAUGGUCUGUUGUUACCUAUAUCCUGGUUUUAAAAACAAUAUAAAUAGGAAGUUAUUUCAUUACAGUAUAUAAAAUUGCAGACUUCAGAAAUCUGUUAUAGAAACACUUCUAGUUGCUACUCUGAAGCUUUUGCAACUGGUCUCUUUCAAGCUGUGCCAGGUCUGCAAUUCUCACUGUGCUUCCUUGGGAGUAGUUCCCACUGAACUCGGUGGGACAAACUUUGAGUAAAUAUGCAGAGAGCUGGACUGGUGAGUAUUUUUCCAAAGCUGUACUGUGUCCCACCGAGAAGAACCAGAUAAUCUGAAUCCACGAGUUUCUCUCUUGCAUUUGCCACCUGCUUCUGUUAGAGACUCAUUAUUUCCUUGAGGGGAACCUUUGCAGGUAGACAAAAGUAUUCGUUGUGAAGAGAGAGCAGGGUUCUCUAUGUAAUCCCCUAAGUUUCUGUAGCAGUCGUGAAUGUGUCUCAGUAACAGAUUGUGUCAAUAACAGAUGUCCAAGUAAUUCUAUUUAUGCAAGCCCUCAGAUCAGUUGAGGCCAAAGAAAACCAGGAUGCUUGUUUGUCAGUAGUGAAGUGUCUACUGAAAUAUGUUUUUGUGUGUAGAAUCUGCAUUCCAAGGCAUCAUAUGUAGGUCUGUGUACUGUGCUUUUGCAGGCAAGAGAAAUUUGCAACUGCACAGCUAGCGCUGCUCCCUGGCAACCAGCUCUUAGUGGUGUCUCUGAUUUGUGAGCAGUCUUUUCUGUGUCGAGCACACACAAAAAUCCCAGAGCUGUUGAAAGCACCAGAGUAUGUUCUUGGGUCUCCUAUAUCAGCUCUAAUUGGCACCCUGCUGUGGCACCCCGGAGAGCUGGGUUUUGUUAAAGCUUUACCUGCUGGUAAAAGAGUGACUUUGGACAAAUGUUCUUUGUCAGUGAGGGGAAGUCUGAAAGCUGUUUCUGAGCUAUCUGUACAUAUGUUCCAUGGGGCUUUUUUUGGGGGGGGGCGCAUGGCGGCUACAUUGCACCCUCCAGUCCUUCCUAAACUCUGCCCAAAAGAGUUCCCUCUCCCAGUCUUUUCUGCAUACUACUAUGGUAUGGCACAGUUUAUAAACCACAGCCUUAAGUUUUGAGGCUGGUUCACACCACCUUUUUGUUAGCCAUGGUUCCAAGUAUUGAUCUCUGUGACAGGCGGGCUGGCCUUCAAAAUGGUCUGAUGUGGAUCAUGACUGUGGCUUGUCCGUGUUCUAAAUGUGGGGUGGUGGGUUUUUCCAAGGACACAGACCCCACUCUCAAUGCUAGGUCAGUGUGGUCAGCUUGGCCAAGUGCAGGUAUACUGUAGCCAGACUCUCCGCUCUAACCAUGGUUCCUCUCAAGCAGUGGGUUUUCAAGUCCUGGUUGGAGCUAACCAUGGUUAGCUUCCGUGCCUACAUAACACUAAAACAUGGCUUAGUCUGGUGAGGGAAGGGAGGCUGGAAUCGGCAUGGCAAGGGGGAGAAAGCACCCCAACUCACUCCCAAUCUCUGAAUGUGUGGUUCAGCUCUGACAGAGAUGUGGGACAGCCCGCCUUGCUUCCAGACCCACCUAAUGGUCACUGAUGAGGUUAGCAUUGCAUCUUGGGAAGCGGGUUUGAAAAUGGCUGCUGGACAUCAGUGGUCCUGAAACAGAGCUCUGAUUUACGUUCUGCUCCUGUUCCGUUCAGACGUCUUCUCAAAAAUAAAACUCUCAAUGUCAUAGCUAUCACUCUUUCCUUCCUCGAACCCUUUAAAGCUGCGAUCUUCAAACAUUCUCCCUUUGGGGAAGCAGGACCCCCAGGACACCGUCUGAAAAGACUGUGCUUUAGAGCAGACCCUCUGGUUGAAGGGGGCCAAAUUUCUGUAGCGUUCUCGAUAAGCCAGUGGAUGCCAUCUGUAGUUGCUGUGGGCUGUAGUUGUGCCCUAUCAAACCUUGAAUUGCUGCUGUACUGCCGCUUACGUUAAUCCAGCUCUGCGUAUGCAUAUAUAUAUAUAUAUAUAUUUGUGUCAAUGGAGCAAUAUUGGGGUCUCUUUUUUAUGUAUCAUUCAGCCUGAUAAUAUACUAAGCAUCCAGAGAUACCUUCUCAAACUGCUCGUGAGUUUCCUUUUGUGGAAACAGAAAUCAGUAUUCAAGCUGAAAUAUUAGGCAAAUCUUGUAGGUUUGCUGGGUUUUGGUUUUUUUUGUCUUGAAUAUCAAACUAGGUGAUCAGUGGUUUCCCUGUACAGUAUGUCAUCUUGAAUAUGUGUUCCAAGUCCAGUUUCAUCCAAUGCACUGCUGAAAAUAACGUUUUUACUGCUCCUUAGAGAGGAGUGUUGUGUUCUUAUAAAUGUUUGCAGGUCUCAUGGGCAGUUUUAGUUUGUAAGUAUUGCCAUUUUUAUUUCUUACCAAAAGAAUAAAUUCCUUGCAUUUCUAAAACAUA